AUGAAGGGUUUGAAGACCAUCACUUUAACAUGCGUUCUCGUUCUCUUCCUGGCUGCAUUUGUGGCACAAACUUGGAGUGCACCAAAGGGCUCUUUUCAAAGGAGAAACUGGACUCCGCAAGCUAUGCUGUAUCUUAAAGGCACCCAAGGACGCAGGUUCAUAUCAGAGGACCGAAAAGAGGGCGACGUCUAUGAUACUUUACACUUAGAAACCCGCAGUCAAAACACAGAGAAGCUGAGUGUGGACCAAGCUGCCACUAUAUUGCUCAACUUUUUGCAGCAGGCCAGGGACAGCGCUGACGACAAUCCAGACGAGGUGUACUUUCAGGAGGUGCCAGUGUGGAAACGAGAGUACUUCUGA